AUGCCUACUCAUGUCAACUCUCCGAGAGCCUUACCCCCUGAACAAGCGACAGAGGUUGUCUCAACAGCCUCUCAUGUCAACUCUCCGAGAGCCUUACCCCCUGAACAAGCGACAGAGGUUGUCUCAACAGCCUCUCAUGUCAACUCUCCGAGAGCCUUACCCCCUGAACAAGCGACAGAGGUUGUCUCAACAGCCUCUCAUGUCAACUCUCCGAGAGCCUUACCCCCUGAACAAACGACAGAGGUUGUCUCAACAGCCUCUCAUGUCAACUCUCCGAGAGCCUUACCCCCUGAACAAGCGACAGAGGUUGUCUCAACAGCCUCUCAUGUCAACUCUCCGAGAGCCUUACCCCCUGAACAAACGACAGAGGUUGUCUCAACAGCCUCUCAUGUCAACUCUCCGAGAGCCUUACCCCCUGAACAAACGACAGAGGUUGUCUCAACAGCCUCUAAGAAGUAUAUGCUACAUAAUUGUCAGGUUACGGUGGUUCCCAACCAAGUUCAGUUUGAUCCUGGUGUUACUCCAAGGAGCCUGUCCUUGUAUUACACGGUUCAGUUUGAUCCUGGUGUUACUACAAGGAGCCUGUCCCUGUAG